GUCCAUCUACUACCGGGUCACGAUGCUGAUUUGUCAGAUUUCCUGUGCGGUGCAUGGCAUGCUUGACAGUAUAGCUGACGCCUCACACGGACUCUCCGCCGAACAAAUUUUCGUACUAUUAUUUUACCAGCCUUUGACAGUGGUCAAACGGCACGAAAGAGAGCCAAUUGACCGACUGCCUUGGGUGCGUUUAGUAGCGGCCGCCCUGCUCCUCCUUCCACCUUCCCCCACACGAGAACCACUCUUUUUUUUACACUUGGCGUGUGUCAUUGCUUCGGCGUGUUGAAAAAGCUAGCGGCUCUCUUUUGAAAAUGGCGGAUGUGUCAAGCGAGAAGAGCCUGGACGACUUUUUCGCCAAACGAGACAAGAAGAAGAAGAAAGACAAGGGCAAGGCCAAGGAGUCGGCCGCCUCCUCGACGGGCCUUAAAAAGAGCAAGAAGGAGAAUGAAAAGUCGUUUAAAGGCGACGGCCAGGACGGCAACAUGGACAAGGAGGACGAGGAUUGGAAAGAGCAGAAAGAGGUGGACUACAGCGGCUUGAGGCUCCAAGCAAUGCAGAUAAGUGAUGACAAGGAGGAAGAUGACUACGAAGACGAUGACCGGGAGCACGACGAGGACGGUGACGUCCUCGUCACGGCGGGUGGUGAGAAAAUGUCCGGCCCUUGGAAUAAGUCCACUCAUGCCCCUGCACAGGCUCCACCCGUUGAGGACGUGGAGACGCCCGAGAAGCCGGCAGGCGUGUACCGUCCCCCUGGCGCUCGCUACUCCUCGUCCAAACGAGGCCAGAACCAGGGACCCCCUGAGAUCUUCAGCGACACCCAGUUCCCCUCCCUGAUGGCCACCGGCAAGCACGUGGAGACGCGCAAGGAUCGCGAGAUCGACAAGACGUUUGAGGUCGUGAAGCACAAGGGCCGCGGCCGAGACGAUGGCAACGCCACCGCCGCCAUGCAGCACCUGCAGCUGGAUAACCAGUAUGCCGUCCUGGGGGACAAGUAAAACAUGCAUGCCGCCGCCAUUUGGCGCACCCCGCCUACCACCAAGCAAUGAGGAAGAAGGAAGCGGUUGAACGUUGUACUACCGCACUCACUGCCACCGCCAAACACAAAUUGGAAUCAUCACGCCUAUUGUUCAUGUGGUUGGGAAGGGGUGGGCGGGGUGUGGGGGCGGGGGCGCAGCUCCCCACCCCCCAAAAAAAGCUUUCGGCGGCGAGGACUUUGUGGACCACGUGUGUCUCUCUGGACUUUAUUGAGGUGAUUUUACAAACUUGUGUGUGUGGAGGGGUCGGAAUCUAUUUUUCUGCGCUGUUACAUACACACACGCGUGUGGGGUAGUGGAGUGCGCUUGGGCGUUCAGGAGUGGACGAUGGGGGCACUACCUCGACCACAUGGAGUCUCUGCUUUGCUGCCCCCCCAAUCCCAAUAAAUCCUGCACCUGUGGUGAACGGAAUACGAGCUGCAGUGUGAUGAGACUCGUACGAUUCCCUAAUAAAGUGGCCUUACGGAUACGAACGAACGGCUCAGUCAUACAAGGAGCGCUAAAUGGACUUGAAAUCACCACGAGAAGAAGAAGAAGAGGAGGAGGAGGGGAAAAAAUUGCUGAUGUGGUUUGUAAGAUUUCAAAUCUUGUUUCUCAUAUCAGCUGUUCAGUUUUCCAGCCCUUUCAUCAUGAUGAUUCUUAUUAGAACAAAGCUCGCUCGGCUGUCACAUCCCUUCUACUUGACAACAUACAUUCAAAUGCAUAGUUUGGCAGAUGAUUCCAUAAUUUCAAUUUAACUCAAUUCAGUUCAAGCAGUCAACUGAGCAUUAGUUUUGCAAGUUAAUGGAUGCCGAAUAAGUGUGUGUGUGUGUGUGUGUGUGUGUUUGUUUUGGUCAAUGCCAUGAUGAGUACAGUAAGCGCCGGGAUACUUGUGUGCGUGUGGUUGAAGUAGGACAUGUUUGUGACAAAGACAAGAGCCAAUUUAUCAAAUAAAAGUGCUAAUCUGGAAAGGCUGUUUUGUGUUUGUUGUGGACUUUGAGCUUCAAAAUAAACUUCCGCUUCCCGCAGUAGUGAAUGGAAAACUACAGUAAAUGUUUGUAUGGAAACAUCAAUAUAAAAUGCAGAAAAUAAAUGCUGAAUCCUG